AAUCUCACUUUGAGUGCGUGUUAUCUUAUUAUUUAAGCCACAGUUGCACCGAGAGAUAUGAUUUUCAGUCACAAGACGUAUUUUCCAUUGGUCUGCGCAGAUAGCACGCAUUUUAUCCCCGCUGAUGUUUCUGUGAGGGGUCCUGCGGAUCUCUACGUACACACUUCCAAACAGGAAACCAUCAUUCUCUUAAUAACAUUGUCAAGCAGCUUUAAUUUGUCAUUUCAAAAUGCUUUCAGCGUUUAAAUCCAUUCCGACACACAUGGACUAUAAAGGACAGAAACUUGCAGAGCAAAUUUUCCAAGGAGUCAUUCUGGUGUCGGCGGUAAGUAACACAGCCAUCACAACACAAUGUCAUUUCCGCUCGGCCUCAUGUCUGCUGUCCCUGCAGGUGAUCGGCUUCAUAUAUGGCUUUACUAUUCAGCAGUUCGGGUGGACAGUGUACAUUAUGUUGGCUGGAUUCACGAUAUCAUGUUUGCUCACCCUGCCUCCCUGGCCAAUGUACAGAAAAAAUCCUUUGAACUGGCAGCCGGCUUUGCCUGAGACAUCUGGAGAAACUCGUGACAAACCUCAAGAGAAUCAGAAGAAGAAGAAGCACAAGUGAUGCACGCCAGUAUUUGAGUUUGGAUUUGGCACAGCAAAGCCAUAUAGAUAUACAUCAGAAGCAAACCUAUUCAUUUUUGUCACUGUUUGAACAUUCAAUAUGUAAUAAAGAACUGCGUUUGGUA